AUGAAUCAAUUUAUAUCUAAAAUCAUGUCAAAUCGGAAAUGCCAAGAAAAAUUUUUAUAUGCAUGGAAACAAUUAUCAUCAAAUGUUUUUCUCUACGAUUGGCAAUUUCCUAACUCAGCGGCUCACAUGGCUAAAAACAAAUUUUACAAAGGAAUACAGAAAGGAAAGAAAAAACGAAAAAUAAAAACAAAGGAAUAA